CCAGAAUCGCUUCCAGAGUGCACAGCUGUUGCGGAAUGGGUUUCCACACCACCGUGUUGUCAGAAGAACUGCUGGAGUGCCCCCUGUGUCUCUGUGUGUUCACCGACCCCGUCUGCACACCAUGUGGACACAGCUUCUGUCUGAACUGCAUCUCCGACCACUGGAGCAACUGCCAGCAGUGGCGCUGUCCAAGCUGUAACGAGGUGUUCCUCAACAGGCCCAGGCUCAGUGUCAAUGACGUCCUGGCAAAGCUGACAAGGCCCUCCAGGAGAACAGGUCUGGAGAAGGCGUUUGAGGUUUUCAAACAGCCUUUCCGCAGCAAGCCUCACCCUGUCCUGUCUAUCUCGGGGGCACACUGGGUGCUUCUGUUGCUGUUCUGCCUCCUGGCUGUUGUGAUCGCCUACUACACUACGCAUAGUAUAUGCCAGCAGGACACCUCAAUGUCACCCUCCAGACUGGCAGAACUCUGUGACCAGAGAGUGACCUUUCAGGAUCACGAAGGCAAGGCAAGGCAAUUUUAUUUGUAUAUACUGUAG